UUUGGGCGCUAUUGGUUACGUCGGGAGGCAGACGCCUACACUGACCUGGAUAUCUAGCUAACGCUGAGGACAACUCUGGCGACCUCUUUGACUACCAUGGCUUUCGGGGAGCUCAUACGUCAUUUGUGGAUGUAUGUUCACCGAACAGGCUUUCAUCUGGAGGGAGUUCCUUCUGUAAACGUGAUGCCCCGCUUGUCUGCUGACGCAAGACAGGGGGUUGUUUAGCGGCUAAAUGGACUGUGCCGAUAAGUUAGCAACCGGAUACUGGACCUGUGACCCGCUCAACCCUUUAACUGGAACGGGAUAACACUCCUGACUGUGUCGUAAUAUCACCAUUACUAAGGGACAAACCGUGUUUACUUCUCCGGACCGAGGAAGUAGAACUGCGUCAAGUUGGCGUCAUUGAGCAAAGACUGGAGGAGGUUAGCCUUUAGCUUCACAACAAAGGCGCCAAAACGGGUCUCGUAAACUGGAAUUAAAAACAUUUAGGGUACAUUUUUACUAUCCAAAGAGGACAUCUAAGCUCUUGUAAAACCUUAUUUUUGUCUGAAUUAUCCCAGUGCUCUGGAGCAUAUUAUUCAUAGCUGGGUUGGGUUUUAUUUUGGAAACUUUAAGCGGAAGUUGCGCUGCGUCUCGUGCUUUGACACUUGUAGGAAGUGGGAUGUGGCCAGGAUGUAUUUAUGCUGCUGUUCAAGAUAUGAAAAUCAUUGAAUCAGCGCUGCUUUCCGACUCCUGCUCCACCAGCGAACACACCAGGGGUUACGACAGGGUUGUUGUCCGUCACUGUUGCUGCUGUCAUCGGUCACAAUCAGCGUAGUCGACCGAGGCGGCUGGACCGGACCGGACCGGACCACUUCCAUGAAGACCUGUCAACCUGACGCCCAAACAGUUGAAUUAGUGCAGGGCUGUGUUUGUGUCUUACGUAAUAACAGUAUGUGAAUGGGCACAGGGAAAUAAACAGUCGCCACCUUUUUUUUUUAAUUUUAUUUUUUCACUGGACGAACACUUGCCUUUUAUUGAUCUUUUUUUUUUUUUAUUUCCGGACAAAUGUCCACCACUCAGCAUCAGCUGAUGAUGGAGUCCUCCUUAGCCCUAGGUAGACUGGAACUGACCCCCGGCUCGGCCCCUGUGGAGGUCAGCCUGGCCCCGCUGCUCCCCGGUGCCCCCCAGGCCAAAGAGAAGAGCGGACAGUGGCAGGGGGGGCCGCCCCAGGGCCGCCCUCACCUGCACGGCUGCGUCCCACUGUCCCACCAGGUGGCGGGACACAAGUACGGAGUGGAUAAAGUGGGAAUUUUGCAGCAUCCAGAUGGAACAGUCCUGAAGCAGCUUCAACCUCCACCCAGAGGCCCACGGGAGAUGCAGUUUUACAGCAUGGUGUAUGCGGAGGACUGCUGUGACCCGUGUCUGCUGGAGCUCCAGAAUCAUCUUCCUAAGUACUAUGGCACCUGGUCCUCCCCCGACAGCCCCAACGACCUGUACCUGAAACUGGAAGAUGUGACUCGUCGGUUCAAGAAGCCUUGCAUCAUGGAUGUGAAACUGGGCCAGCGGAGCUAUGAUCCCUACGCCUCCCAAGAGAAACGGGAACAGCAGAUCAGAAAGUAUCCACUGAUGGAGGAGAUCGGCUUCCUGGUCCUGGGCAUGAGGGUGUAUAAAGUGUGCAGCGACACGUGUGAUUCCUAUGACCAGCACUAUGGCAGAGGACUGGGGAAGGACACUGUCAAAGACGGCCUGGCCAAGUUUUUCCAUAAUGGGGCGAGUCUUCGGAAGGAUGCGGUGUUGGCCAGUAUCUGGAGGGUUCAGCGCAUCCUGCGAUGGUUCGAGUCCCAGCGACAGCUCACCUUUUUCGCCAGCUCCCUCCUGUUCGUAUACGAGGGUCUGCCCUCCUCCUCAGCGCGUCCCCUGUCAUCUCCUGUCGGUACCUCAUCGCUCAGCCCUAUCGUGGGGAAGACUUCCACCUUCUCAUCAGGGGGUGGGAGGGGCGAGGAGGGUAAAGGCCGACAGGAAGAGGCAGGGCAGGAAGAGGAACUGACGGAGUACAAUAACAACAACAACAUACAGGUGGCGAUGGCGUGGGACUACAGCCUGGACGCCAUGUACACCAACCAUAGGAAAGGCAGCCAUCACCAGUGUGCCAAGGGUCGUCUCCAUGGCAACAGCGGAGCCAGUACCACUGUGGAAAGCACGGCGAGCUCCGAUCACAUGACGUCACUGUGCAAGGAAGACAACUCCUCAUGGAAACGAACAGGUGAGUCGCUGCAGCAGCAGAAAGCGCCCAAUGCAAACGGAAACAAACUUCAAGCGGAGAGGGAGGAGGAGGAGAGCCAGGAGAUCAGAGAAGAGGCGGAGAUCCCAGCAGGAGGCGGAGCUGAAGAGGAAGAGGAGGAGGAGGAGGAGGAGGAGGAGGGAGGAGGAGACGCCCAGGUAGAGGUCAGGAUGAUCGACUUUGCCCAUGUUUUCCCCAGUGACAGCCACGAUCAGGGCUACAUCUACGGCCUCAAACACCUGCUGACCGUCCUGGAGCAGAUCCUUUGUGACGCCUCGUAAAAAGGCUCCGCCCCCUCUGUGCACCAUGUAACCCGUUUCAUCAGCCUCACUCUUCUUCCUUCUUCCUCUUCAGCAGACA